UCGAGAACGAAAACAGGUCACCUCCGGUCACAGUUUAUUCUUUCUGUCUGUAAUGAGAAACCCUGCGGCGGUUCUGAAUCGGCGUUUCCAUCGUUAUUCAUCAUCGGAGCUACUACCACUUCUUCUUUUGUGUCUCCUCCUAUCCUUAUCGUUUUCAAUUCACUCGGUUCGUUCCAAAUCCAACACCAGCAACAGAGAAGAACCAGUUCAAUGGCAAAUUCUCACGAAACUCAAUUUCUCAUCCCAAAUUCGCCUGAAUCCUCACAUACUACUCAUUGUCACCGUGCCAUGGUCUGGCGAGUCUCGAUCUCUUAUGAAGGAAUUAGCCCACAUGGUCACCAAAAAGAAAGAGAAGUUCAGAACUCUGAAGUUGAUGCUUGUUCACAAAAAUCAUGAUAAGAUGCUGGCAGAUGCUCUCGGUGCUACGAUGGAAGUAACUGUUAUUUGUUACCGCCAUUCUUUGCCUUACAAUUAUAGAGGAACACUUCGGGUUCAGAGCAUAUUAUCAUCUGUUCAUUAUCUUAUGUCACUUUUGCCUGAAGAAGUUCCCUUUAAGUCUUUACCAACCACGGAGGACCUGACAACAUUCCUUAAGUCAACAGACAAGGCUUUACUUGUUCUGGAUUUCUGUGGAUGGACACCCAAACUGAUGACCAAGGUCAUGAAUAAUGGAUCUGAAAACGCUUUUGGUGUUCCUUUCGGGACAGGCCUGUAUGGAGAAAGCAGUGACGCAAGUUCGGCUGAUGGGAAGCAAAUUCAGGGGAUGGAUAAUGAAAAGAUCACCUGCGAUGUUGAUAAUCAACAUCAGUUUAGUGGACUUCCUGGGCUUGGUGAAUUUUCUCCUCUCAAUGAGAGUGAUUUCUUGGAGGCUGAGAAAAUGAGAUCUAGUGAUGUAGGUUCCUGUAGUUUUGAGGAGUUCCAGCUGAUUGAGUCUUCCCUAUCCAAUUUUACUAGAUCUAUCAGAGAGUUCUUUCUGCCACCUGAAAGGCUAAAGUUUGGUCUAGUGUCUGAGAGAUUACUAAUUUCAUCUCUAGGUGUUAGAGUUACUGGUUCAUGGUUGAUGAUGCUUUACUCUGCUGGAUGUCCUAGCUGUGCAAAAGUUUUUAAAGGAGGAAGUGAUCUGAAAAGAAUUUUAGAGAUUCAUGCAUCACCUGUUAUGGAGCUAAAAGGUGAUGAGUAUGGUUUUGAUCCUGGUUUACCUUCAGAUAAGCCAUCAGUGCUCCUUUUCAUCGACAGAUCAUCUGAUUCCUUGAAGAUUAGAAGAAAGAGCAAGGAAUCCCUCACUGUCUUUAGAGAACUAGCGUUGCAUAAUUAUAUUCCAUCAAAAAUGAAUGCUCCAAAAGUAGUCGAUCCUGAGAGACCCUUCAUGGAAACUGUUCCCCAGCAUCCUAAACUAGAGAUGUCAGCAUCAUCUCAAAAGCUAACUGCACUAAAAGAUAAGAUCUCUAUUAUGGUCAUGAAUGAGGGUAAACAUAUUGCUUUUGAUGGUGUUGCUUCAGAUCUGCAAGGUAGUUCCUUGCAAGAAGUCUUGGCAUAUGUUCUUCAGCAGAAGAAAGAAAGAAAAUUGAGUUCACUUGCUAAAGAUGUAGGCUUUCAGCUACUCUCUGAUGAUAUUGAUAUCAAAAUGUCAGAAACAGAGGUUCAAUCUGAUGAUAAACCUGCAGAACCAUCUGUUAAAGGUCUUAUUGGCAGCGAUGUUGAUUUAAAAAAAGAUCAGGUGUCAUUUAUGGAUGAUAUGCUCCAUGGGGCGUAUGAUACUCUACCGGGACAUACUAAGAUAGAACAUUCUACUGAGGAUGAUGAGAAGAAUUCAGUUGAGACAAGUGCUCAGUUGUCUGUAAAGACAGAAGACCGUCACCAAGAGGAAUUAACUGCCAAUAUUGAAGAUGAGAAAGUUGGGUUGCAGGGGCUGAACUUGGCAGGUUCCAAUGGUUCCUUUUUCUUUGUCGAUGGACAAUUUCGGUUACUUGAAGCUCUAGCUGGUGUGUUGAAGAUUCCAUCAUUGGUGAUCAUUGAUCCUCUUCCACAUCAACAUUAUGUCUAUCCCAAAGAGGCUGAUUUUAGCUAUUCUUCUCUAUCUUGCUUUUUUCACAUGUUUCUUAAUGGAAGUCUUCUACCAUAUCAACGCUCUAUGCCUGUUGUUCCCAACUCGAAAGAGGCUCCAAAGCCACCAUUCAUUAAUCAUGAUUUUCAUGAGGUUGAUUCUAUACCCCAUGUUAGUGCUCUUACAUUUAUGGAGUUGGUUGUUGGUAACCACUCUGGUUCUCUUAGUGCUGACAAUGCGUGGAAGAAGGAUGUAUUGGUGCUUUUUACUAGUAAUUGGUGUGGGUUUUGUAUGAGAAUGGAACUUGUGGUUCGUGAAGUUUACCGAGCAUUCAAGGGUUACGGCAAUAUGAUGAAAACUCCAUUUAGGAAUGAGCAAUCCUCAUCAAGAAAUGAUGGCAUAAAUAAUACUAUACCCAAGCUUCCAGUGAUCUAUAUGAUGGAUUGCAUAAAAAAUGAUUGUAGUUCGCUACUAAAAUCAUUGACCAAGAGGGACCUUUACCCAUCUCUGCUGUUAUAUCCAGCAGAAAGGAAGGAAGCAGUCUCUUAUGACGGGGAAACAUCAGUCGUUAAUGUUAUCAAGUUUAUUGCUGAUCAAGGUGGCAAUUCUCAGUGGAUUUACAAGGAGCAAGGUAUUUUAUGGGCUGAAGCUGAGCAGGGAGCAUGGAAUGAGAAACCUUUUAAGGAUGCAUCAGAACCUAUGCAUGAGGAUGUUUCACUCUCGAAGGACAACCGUGAGAUUAUACUCAAGGACAGGACCCAGAUCCAGAAGUUAGAGAUUGAAAAAAACAAGAUUGGACUUCAUACGCCAUAUGACUUAAGUGUAUCUGGGCAUGAAGUACUACCUGGUUCCAUACUUGUUGCAUCAGAAAAGCUUCUCGAUGUAUACCCAUUUGCCAGAUCCAAAAUUCUUAUAGUGAAAGCUAAUCGAAGUAUUGGAUUUCAAGGUCUGAUCAUCAACAAGCUUAUCAGUUGGGACUCCAUCACAGAACUUGAGGAGGGGCUGGAAUCCUUGAAAGAGGCACCCCUAUCUUAUGGUGGUCCUGUCAGUGCACGUGGACUGCCUCUUGUUUCCUUAACUCGACAACCUUCCAGAGACGAGCACCCUGAAGUUCUACCAGACAUAUACUUUCUUGACCAAUGGGCCACAAUCAAUUUAAUACAAAAUCUGAAGUUACACAAUCGGUCUAUGACUGACUACUGGUUUUUUGUGGGGUAUUCAGCAUGGGGUUGGAACCAACUAUUUGACGAGAUUACUGAUGGAUCGUGGACUAUAAAUGAUGGAACAGUGCAGCAGUUUGAUUGGCCAGUGACAUGAUGCCACUUGGAUUGAUUCAAUUCCCAUAUGCAACAGAUUUGGUGUUUACAGAACAUAAUGUUCAAAGCGUGGCCAGACCCAGGGUCAGGAUAUUAAACGAGGUUAAGCCUACACAACCUUUUCAAGGUUAACAUCAUCAACUUGUAACAUGAGAAGAGCUGUACAUAGGAUUAAGUUGUCCCCAUCAAGUUUUUUCCUGCUGAGAUGGCCAUAACUCAUAAACACUGUUUUGUCUUCAUGAUAUUUGAUUAAUUACAACUAGAUAGAAAGUUUAAAAUGCUGGAUGUUUCUUGUCA